AUGGCUUUGUCUUCUGUGCUUCUCUACAAGGGCUACACACUCUGGCAAGGAUUUCUGCUCACUGCCUCCCUUCUAACCUGCUGGCAUCUGUCCACCACUGCCAAAGUCACCAUUGAGUCAGUGCCAUCUCCAGUGAUUGAAGGGGAAAACGUUCUUCUAAGUGCCAAAAAUCUGCCAAACAAUCUUGUAGCUUUUGCCUGGUUCAAAACCGUGAAGACAAUGAGGCGUGGAAUUGCACUAUAUUCUCUGACCACUAAUGUAAGUGCGGCAGGGCCUCAAUACAGUGGCAGAGAAACUUUGUUUAGCAAUGGAUCCCUGUGGCUCACAAAUGUCACCCCGAAGGACAAAGGAUUCUAUACCCUAAGGACAAUACAUAAAAGUGGAAAAAUUGUAUCUACAACAAGGAUGUACCUCCAUGUGUACAGCUUCCUUUUCACCUGUGGGCGCCCUCAUCCUUUUGCCCCGCCUACUAUUGAAUUAGUGCCACCCAAUGUUACUGAAGGGGAAAAUGUUCUUUUACUUGUUCACAAUCUUCCAAUGAAUCUUCAAGCUCUUUUCUGGUACAAAGGGCUGGCUGUGCUCAAGGAGUUUGAAAUUGCCCAACAUAUAAGAGCCAUAGAUUCAAGUGUGCAAGGGCCUGCACACAGUGGUAGAGAAGCAUUGUUCAGGAAUGGAUCCCUGAUGUUCUACAACGUCCUCUGGAAAGACAACGGAUUCUAUACCCUACGAACUCUGACUACAGAUCUGAAAACGCAAGUAGCACACGUGCAGCUCCAGGUGGACACCACACUUUCUACAUGUUGUAGAGAUCUCACCUCUGCCCAAGUCACAAUUGAAUCAAUGCCUCGCUAUGUUGCUGAAGGGGGAAGUGUUCUUCUCUUAGUUCAUAAUCUGCCAGAAGAUCUUCGAGGGUUUUCCUGGUAUAAAUCUUUGAACAGCACAGAUGACUUUAAAAUUGCAGAAUACAGCAGGGACAUAAGUUUCACCGUCUGGGGGCUUGCACAUAGCCAAAGAGACACGGUGUACACCAAUGGAUCCCUGCUUCUCCAAGAUGUCACUAAUAAAGAUGCAGGAUGGUACAUGCUAGAAACUUUCAACAGAGACUGGGAAAUUGAAAAAGCAUAUGUACAACUCCAUGUAAACAAGCCUGUGACACAGCCCUUCGUGCGACUCUCUGACACCACAGUCACAGUACAAAGCUCUGUGGUCCUCACAUGCUUCUCAGCUGACCCUGGAAUCUCCACCCGUUGGAUCCUCAAUUACAAGAGUCUCCAGCUCACAGAGAGAAUGAAGCUGUCCCCGACAAAGUGUCAACUCACUAUAGAUCCUGUCAGGAGAGAGGAUGCUGGAGAGUAUCAAUGUGAGGUCUCCAACCCAGUCAGUUCAAAGACGAGUCUUCCAGUCAGGCUUACUGUGAGGAAAAAAUGA